UUUAAUAUUUGUAACUAAAUCUAUAUUUUACAUAUUAUUGAGAUUUAUCAUUCUGAACAAAGCUUUAGCAGGCCAACCGAACUUAAUACAGAGCGCUGAGAUUAGUCACGUCUCAAAUCAUAGUGAGCUGCCUACCUAGAAGGCACUGUUGGGUCGCAUCAUUUCUGAGAGCACUGGUCUACGCUGCCCACAAAUGCUGUCUAUGUAGGCGGCGUUACAGACGUUGUGACGCAGCCGAUGUGACCAAUCAGCGCCACGUUCUGCAGCUCGGAGGCAGCACGCUUGAGUGAGGCACGCAGCGUCGAUUACUCAAGAUCAAAUCCGGGAGAAAUGACAUUAAUCGGGACGGACAUCUCCACUGCCGAUCGUUUGUCCUAAAAUAAUUUCGUACAGUGAAAAAAAGGCCCGCGUUUCAUUCAUGAAACAUGUCUGCGUUGUCAGGCGACAGAAGCGGCGCCUGCAGCCCACAGCUUGUUGUUUUCACGACACUUUGAGAGCUGAGGGAGAUUUGAUGCCGGUGCCGCCGCAAAACCGACAAGAUUUAGUUGCGUUCGGACGGAGAGAACGGGCUCGACAUGGCCUCGGUGAACUGCUUCGGCGGUCCCGAGGAGCUCGAGGACACGAAUCACGCUUUAAGUUUGAUGAGAGAGCUGAAAUUAUUCUACGACUCGCAGCUGUUAGUCGACGUGACUAUCGAAGUGGAGCUCGAUCCGGAUCAAAGUGUAUCCGCAGGCUGCUCAGGAAAAGUUUUCCAGUGCAACCGAAAUAUACUGGCUGCAGCGAGCCCUUAUUUCAAGAGCAUGUUUACAGGAGGACUGUACGAGAGCACUCAGAGAAGCGUCACCAUUCAUGAUGUGGACGCCCAUUCAAUGUCUGUUAUCAUCGAUUACUGCUACACUGGCAAAGUGACCAUCACUGAAGGCAACGUGCAGAGGCUUUACGCCGCUGCCAACAUGCUGCAGCUGGAGUAUAUCCGGCAAGAGUGUGCAAACUUCAUGACGAGAAGGCUGGACCUUUCCAACUGCGCAGGGAUUUUGAAGUUCGCCGAUACUUUUGACAAUCUGGAGCUGAAGAGCAAGGCUCAGGCGUUCAUCGCGAAGAACUUCGUCGAGCUCGGAGCCAGCGCGCGAGAGCUCUGUGAGCUGGACCUGAAGCAAAUUAAGGAGAUCCUCACGCUGGAUUCUCUGGACGUGGACUGCGAACGCAAAGUGUGUUCGUUUGCAAUACAGUGGAUUGAGAAUAAUCCGCAUGCGGACGCUGAAGACGCGCUGCAGGUCCUUAGAUGCGUGCGAUGGUCUUUAUUUUCGGAGAAAGACAGGGUUUAUCUAGAUAGCCUUAAAUCGAAGCCUUUUAUAAUGAAGUAUCUUUCGAAUGUCCUCGACGGGGCCGGCGGUGAGCCGAGCACUACGAUUUCAAAGAGCAAACAUCCUGCCAAACAAAGAAUUGGCAAGAGUGCAAAAGAAAUGGUGCUUUUCUUCGGACGGCCGAAUGAGCCGUUCAUGUGCUAUGAUCCCUAUACGGACGACAUCUAUUCUAUGGCGUCCCCGGUCCUUAACCUCACCAAUCCGAACUUCAAACGCUCUCCUAUGGAGACGUUUUUGGUCUGCGCCACGCCAGAGAACGAUCUGUAUCUCGCCUCGCACCUGUCCAAGCACUUCUGGGUCUACGAUCCCCUGUUGAAUUGUUGGCAGGAGCUUGCGGAAAGACUUCUCAGAAGAGUGCACUCAUACAUGGGCUACCUCAGUGGGCACCUGUACAUCCUGGGAGGCAGAGAUCCGGUGUCGGACGCCAGGAUCAAGGAGGUAGAAUGCUACAGCAUUCAGAGGAACCAAUGGGGUUUUGUGGCACCCUUGCCGCAUUCUUUGGGAAAGAUGCAGGUUGUGACGAUAAACGAGCGGCUUUAUGUGGUGAACAAGCGGAGGAUGCUUAGCUACGAGCCGAAGAAAAGCCUCUGGCUCCAGCGGGGCUCUCUGAAACGCAGCAAACUCCACAAAGCUUGUGUUUUCCAGGAGCAGAUUAUAUGUUUGUGCGACAUCCCCGUAGUUAAAGCGUAUAACCCAGCUCGCGGAGAAUGGAGGCGGAUUGGAGACAUUCCCAUUGACAGCAGCGCUCUCAACUACCAAGUGGUGCAACACAACAGCAAGCUGCUGCUUCUAACGAUCGCAAUAGUGCAUCACAGCAAAAACAGGCUUGUUAUACACGAAUACGAUCCCACUCAGGACUCAUGGAAAAACGUGGCCACCAUGUUUGGAUUGUCCUUCGGCUCCAUAAGCCUCUCCAGCCGGGUCUAUACCGCGUGCUUGGGGUCUGGUCAGAAUUUCAUCUCGGAGGAGGAUGACGACAGCGGCUCCAGCGCUGACUGGGACUUCGACGGACUGACUGACGCAGACUCCGACUCCGGCAGCUCAAGCUCAUUUUCAGAUGAAAACUGGUAGUCGAUGCGGUUCAGAAGAGUCAAACAGAGCGUUAAAAAAAGUGUGUAGUAGAGCCAUAUGUGAACAUGCUGCAGAGUAUUUUGAGAUAUAGGUGUUGAAAUGAUUAGCCUGUUUCGCCGCGG